AUGGGUGGUGGUAACGGAGCUAAGUCUGCUCAGGCGCGUGCCCGCAACGCUGCGAAGGCCGACAAGGGCCCGACCUCGCAGCUCAAGUCGAACGCUUCGAUCAUGUGCAGCAUCUGUCGCCAGACCUUCCAGGGUACCGCUAAGGCCCCCAUGCUCCAGCAGCACGUCGACGGCAAGCACCCCAAGUCGACCUUCGCCGUCUGCUUCCCCUCGUUCGCGGCCUAA